UACAUAAAGCAGCAGCACAGUUUGCACCUUUCCUCCUGCCAAAGCCUCCACCGGCUGCUGUUUUUCAGCCAAAUUCACUGCAAGUUCAGAAUGAGUGAAACUGAGGAUUCUCCACAUGUGAGGUUGAAGGUGCCCAGUAAAACCCUGCUGAUGGCUGUGUGGGCUGCAUGUAUAGGAGGAACAUUCCAGUACGGCUACAACGUGUCCAUCAUAAAUGCUCCAACCAAGGCGGUGCAGGAGUUCAUUAAUGAGACGUGGUUGGAGCGUUACGGUGAUGAAAUCCCAGAACAGCUCCUCACGUUCCUCUGGUCUUCCAUCGUCUCCAUCUUCACUAUCGGUGGACUCAUCGGGGCGUCUGUGGGAGGAACGCUCGCCAUCAGGUUUGGGAGGAAAGGGACUUUAUUAUUUAAUAACAGUUUUGCACUGCUGGCUGCUCUGCUGAUGGGGAUGAGUUAUUAUGCCAGCGCGUUUGAGCUGCUCAUUCUCGGACGCUUUCUGUCCGGAGUAAAUGCAGGUGUAGCAAUCUGUGUGCAGCCCCUCUAUCUGGGUGAGAUCGCCCCCCGGGCUCUGCGGGGCGCCAUGGCAAUGGGCACGUCCAUUUUCAUCACAGGGGGAAUUCUAACGGGACAGGUGAUGGGACUCACUGAGCUGUUGGGCAAGGGAGACUACUGGCCCCUCCUCCUCUCCACCACGUGCAUUCCAGCACUGCUGCAGCUCCUGAUCCUGCCCUGGUUCCCCGAGAGUCCACGCUACCUGCUGAUUGACCGCAGUGAUGACCAUGCCUGCAGCCUGGCUCUGAAGCAGCUUCACGGUGGAGAAAACUAUCAUGGAGAGAGAGAGGACAUGGAGCGAGAGCGAGCGAGCGCUACGGGAGUCAAACCGCUGAAACCGUGGGAGCUCUUCGCUGACAAAAACCUGCGCUGGCCGCUCUUCGCCAUCAUCAUCAUCAGCACUGCACAGCAGCUAAACGGCAUUAACGCUAUUUAUUUCUAUGCAGAGUAUGUAUUUGCUGAAGCUGGAAUUCCAUUUGAAAAAAUUCCAUAUGCUACUGUGGGGACUGGAGCGUGUGAGUGCAUCACAGCGCUGACCUGUGGUUUGCUGAUUGAUUCUCUGGGUCGGCGGGUGUUGAUCAUUGGAGGAUACUCGCUCAUGUCCCUGUGGUGCAUUUGCUUCACCAUCACUCUCACCUUUCAGACGUACAGCUCCUGGAUGCCGUAUCUCAGCAUGGCUUGUGUUUUCGCCUUCAUCCUCAGCUUUGGCCUUGGACCAGGGGGUGUAACUAAUAUCCUGAUCACAGAGCUGUUCACUCAGACCGCACGGCCAGCAGCGUAUAUGAUCGGUGGAUCAGUGAACUGGCUCAGCUUCUUCUUCAUUGGCAUGGUGUUCCCCUUCAUAGUGAAUGGUCUGCAGCAGUACUGUUUCCUCGUCUUCCUCGUUGUUUGCUGCCUUGUGGCCACGUUCAUCUUCUUUGUUGUCCCAGAAACCAAAAAUAAGACGUUUCUGGAGAUCCAGAAUGAGUUCCUCAGCAGAAAGAGGACUAAGCUGACUGCAACUAAAGGCUCGGACCCGCUGCUGUCCACUUCACUGUAG